GUAGUUAACUAUUGGCAUUGGCACUAUAAGCAUUCAUUCUUUAUCCCGUAAGUAACGUAUGGAUCGAAGGACUAUGUCUAUGAUGUCUAGCAAAGUUGAUCCCUUCCAGCAUCUCAAACUCGUCCCCAAUUCCGACGGCACGAUCACUCGCCAGCGUGAUGACCCACCCAUCUCACCCUCACUCAAUCCCACCCUUCCCGUCCUCACCCAAGACGCAACCAUCAACCGAUCAAACAACACCUUCGCCCGCAUAUUCCUACCCCGCGAAGCACUCGAUUCCUCCCCCUCCAACAACCUCCCUCUCGUCGUUUACUUCCACGGCGGCGGCUUCGUCCUCUUCAGCGCCGCCUCUGACUUCUUCCACGACGCAUGCGUAAACCUCGCAGACGACACCAACUCCAUCGUCGUUUCCGUGGAGUACCGCCUCGCACCGGAACACAGACUCCCCGCGGCGUACGAAGAUGCCGUCGAAGCGCUGCACUGGAUCAAAGCACAGUCAAACGAUUGGUUGCGCAACCACGCGGAUUUUUCCAACUGUUACCUUAUGGGAAGUAGCGCCGGAGCAAACAUCGCGUACCACGCGGGUCUACGUGUAGCUGCGGAGCUUAACGUUUAUGGAGACAAUUAUCUGGCGCCACUUAAGAUCAGAGGGCUGAUAUUGAGUCAGCCGUUCUUCGGAGGAACGAAGAGGGUGCCUUCUGAGGUGAGGCUUGUGGACGAUCCGGUUUUGCCGCCGCACGUGUGUGACUUACUGUGGGAGUUGUCGCUGCCCCUGGGGGUUGACCGUGAUCACGAGUAUUGCAAUCCGACGGCUGGCGAUGGGCCUGUGAUUCUGGAUCGGGUGAGGCAGCUUGCGUGGCGGGUGCUGGUGAGUGGCUGCCAUGGGGACCCACUUCUGGAUCAUCAGAUGGCUCUGGCGAGACUGAUAGAGGAGAAGGGUGUGGCUGUGGUCACCCGUUUUGACCAAGGGGGAUGUCAUGGGAUUGAGGUUCGUGCUCGUAAGCACCAAAACCAACUCUAUAACCUAGUCAAAGAUUUUAUUGCAUAAUUUCUGACAUGGAACUACCAUUUCUUUUUAAGCUCUAUACUGUAUAAUUACAUUUUCAAAAUAUUGCUACAAAUAAAUGUUAUUUUCUCUCUUUUGAUACUCUCCUCCACCCCUCACUUAGAGACUGUUUGGUAUUACGAAAAUAGAGAGGGAGAUUAAGGAAGAAAGUGAAAAUGAGUUGUUUAAUAAUGUAACGGAAUUGAAGGUGUGUAUAAUGGCACACAUAUUUCAGUAGCCUACAUUUUUAAAUUUGAAUUGAAUGAGUCUCAAUUUGUGUAUUUUUGUCUUCA